GUGUGUAGCGGAGCUCGCGAUCGCGAUCGUGAAACGCCAAACUGAGAGCGGUGUAAAGAUGGCCCCCGUAAUUGAGUCGCGUUCGGUCACAGUCAACAGGUUGUUAAAUUCCAGUCCGUUCUAUUUUUAGCCCCGUGUGUACGUUUGCGUGUUUAGUGUGCCUCAUAGCAAACAAUACGGAUCUAAUGUGAUCGAUGAAUGGCCAAGUGAAUAAGAAUUGUUUGCUGUAGUGCUCAAGAAAGUGUUUUCCCUUUGGAUCGUCAGUGCUCAGUGUGUUCGUGUGUGUGUGUGUGUUAGUGUUGCUUACAUGAUCGAAUAAUAAUGAUCGCCAAGGGCCACUUGCUGCGGUUGUACCAUCGACGUCAGCGAAGGUGCUGUCGGUGGCUGUAGUGCAUGGGAGCGACAAAAAAUACCAAGCGCUUAAAGGGCCUUCCUGUUCGGUUUGCCAGAAGCCACACGGGUUAUGCCCUUAUUGGCAUGAUCGAGCUCCGUAUGAAUAGUAAUCAGAAAAGCCCUACCAGUGCAAACACAAAUGAGGAGUGGAAGUUGAAAACGAGUGGUGCAGAGCGCGAGUGCAAUUGUUUACAUACGAUCCCGCUGGGGUGAAGGUGAACCAAUCGUGCAACAUGUUGACGCUUCUGACGGAACUACGAUUUUGGUCCACCAGGGAGGACAUCAGCAUCCAGGAUACGGAUCUCGGAACGACAAAGUACUGUGAGAAAAAAUCUGACACCAGCCGCACGCUUCUCAGCGAAGGCAAACGAAGCUACUGCGAAUCGAGAGGCCUGAAAUGGAGCCUGGACAACAAAAAGCCAAACAAACUGCGCCACUCGCUGCGUCUGCUGGAGGACGAACUCCGGCAAAAGCGGCUAGUGUACUGCAAAUGGAAGAACAACGUGCUGCUGCAGUUGAUGCUCUCGAACGGGCUGUUGGCGCACCUGUCGAUCAACCCGUUCACCGGCGACAUCAAUCGGAUCUACUUCGACAAGUAUCUGAUAGGGAAGCUCAUCUCGGAACACAUCACCGAUGUGGUCAUUACGCAAAACCACAUACUGGUGGCGUACAACGAAAAUCAGAUCACCUUUGUGCAGCUGCAAAAGCCUACCGCAAGGAAAAAUAAUUUGGAAAAGAUCAGCCUCAUGGAUCCGAAGAUCUACAACGUACUGCUGAGCGGUACGGGAUCGACGACGCGCAAGGUGCCGAAGCGGUUAGUGUGCAGCAGCAGCCUGAAUCUGGUGAUCGUGUGGACGAAAUCGUCCCAGAACGAGGUAUACCCCUGGCGACCAACGGUGAAGGAUCAGGACCGGGCGAACCUGCACGUGUACAAACUGAACGGCGCGCGAAUGGAGCUGAUGUGCUACUACUGGACGGAGUACGAUCCGAUUUCGGUGCAAUUUUCGCUAAUGAACGAUUAUCAGGUGCAUUGUGUUGAGCAAAAGAUAUCGAAAAAGGGCGAAGUGACGAUCGACAGCUGCAUAUAUCAGAUAAAUAAAACGAAAAUGCGACGCGUUGCGGUCACUUCGAUUCCACUGCAGACGCAGGUAUGCUGCAAUGCGCUCAGUCCCGAUCACGAGAAGCUUAUGCUCGGUUGUAUUGACGGUUCGAUCGUACUGUUCGACGAGGGCCGCGGUAUAACACAUCUCGUCAAAGCCGCUUUCAUUCCUACGUACGUUGCCUGGCACAGUGACUCGUCGGUGGUAAUGAUCGCUAACGAAAAGUGCCAACUACAAUGCUUCGACAUUGCACUGUCCUGCGUACGGAUGCAGCUGCUCAGCGAAACGCAGGACGGCAUCCCGUCCGGUACGUUCGAUUUGUCCAACUACUUUCUCGCCCAUCAUGCACCCUCGAUACAGCUGGGACGGUUGUGCUGGAGCAAAAAGCCGGAACUGGCCAACCAUGGCGAAAAGUACGCUACCACCGAUUCCUUCCUGUUCUGUGCCUUCGAGCAGGGUCCGCUGGCCUGCAUUCGAGUGGUUGGUGGGUCCGGGCUGAAAGGUGACGUACACACGUCCGGUCUCACAGCGGACGUCCUCGUGCACAAGUACAUCUCGCUGAAUCAGGUCGAGAAAGCGAUCAACAUUUUGCUCAGCCUAAACUGGGAUACGUACGGAGCGAUGUGUUUGCUUUCGUUGCACCGAAUAGCGAACUACAUCUUCAAGCAGCCGCUCGCGACGGAAAGGGAAUUGCAGCUGCAGAAAGCGCUCGGCAGCUUCCUCAUACCGGUCAAGUCACUGUGCUACGAGACGGAGCUCGAGUUCGGUGAUCAGGUGAACGAUAUCACGCUCAAGUUCUUCCACUAUCUGCUGCGCAACAAAUCGUACAACAAAGCGUUCAGUUUGGCGAUCGACAUCAACGAUGCGGAUCUGUUUCUCAAGCUGCACGACAAAGCGAAGGCGGACGGGGAUGUGGAGCUGGCCCGAGAGGCUCUCAGGAAGGUGGAUGACAUCAACCGGAUAUGUACCGAUCGGAGCGAUAGUGAGCAUUCGCUAUGUUCAAAUUCUUCCUGCUCCCUGUGUGCGGACAGUUUCGACGACGAUGAUUACGAGGAUGACGAUCGGGAAAAUCGAUGCGACGAUGAAGAGGAGAUGGUGGAUGAGGAAGAAGAGCUUGAAGAGGCAGAGAGUGACAGUAAUCGUCGAGCUAAUGGGCUGAAUGGCACUUACCAGAAUCGACCGAGAGCUGGUUCGGAAAAACCACUGCGCCUGGACCACCCGGUGAAACAGCACUUCACGAACGAUGGGCGUGAGAAAAGCUUUCGAACGUUCUCAACGUCCUCCGGCUCGUCAAAGUCCUCACAGGUGCAACGGUGGAGCGAUCAUAGCGAUCGUCCCAAACCUAAAUCAUCGCUCGCUCAUCCUCCGCUGCCGAAAACGGGUGAACAAAGCUCCAAAUCCAUUCCCAAGUUCGAUACUCCGUCUCCGAGCAGUGCGAGCAGUAGCAGGCAGGGAAGCAACUCUAAACCCUCCACACCGCAGGACAGCUACUUCGCUCAUCAAGAUCGGCCCCCCUUACCGUACGUGUCGAAAAAAUCAUCUCCCCAGAGUAAACCGAUGGCCCCACCGCCGUUUGCGAUGCAACGCAGCCAGACGGCCAUGGCGCUUAAGCUCUCCAAGCAACAGCAGUCUCGGAUUGCGGAAUCGAAGCUGAAAGGAAAAUCAUUAAGCUCGAGCAACUUGUUGCUGUUGGACGAUAGUCCUUUAUCGUACGCGCAAGCCUCAUCCGGAAUGGCAGCGCUCGGCCCGGGCACACGAUCGCGGCAAAUUGUGAAUCCUCGUGAAAAGGCGGCAAAGUAUUGGCAGGCCAACAGUCUGUCGAUGGAUCAGCUGAACGCGGCGAAUGUUAUGCCACCCAAUCGUGGCGGGCCUUCGUCGAUGGGCUUGCCCCAUUAUUCGGAAUAUGGCGAAACGGGUCUAGCAAGCAGUCGAACAAGCGUUCUACCUUCUUCUCCUUACCACCUCCACCAUCACCAUCAGGACGUUUCGCAUCAAGCGUCCGCAGCACAGCAGCAGCACAUUGUAAUCGAUGUCGUUCCUAAACCCUCCAUGAACGGGUCAUUCCCGGGUGGGCCAUUAUCGCCGUACGCAGCGCAAUCGCUGGCCGGCGUGAUGAUGCCCGGAUCUUCACCAAACAUUCUCGAUCAAACGAUCGGCAUACCGUUAGUACAAGACGAGCCGGAUUUCAUCCGACGAUCGGCGGGCGGCGUCCGCAAACCGCCACCACCUCCCCAGUCGUCGUCCUGGUAUCCGAGCCCAGCAAGUGCUCCGACGAGCAGCUCCAACAGCAAUAACGCCCCUCGCACCAUCAUACAUCAGUACCCGCUGAUUUCGGGCAACAUUCCGUCCAAGUUUCAGCUGCAACAGCAGCAACAUCAGCCCCCGUUCGAGCUGCAGAUGGCAACGGCUGCAGGAACGGGCAAGUACGGCACCAGGAAAAAGCUGGAUGCGCCCACCGCAUCCAUACUGUCGAACGGCGGUAGCAACCAUUCGAACGCUACCGGACAAUCGCAUCAAUCGACCGCCAACGGUGGUACCAGCAAUGGUGGACCGGGCACUGCUGGGCUGCAUCUAGCGACGGGUAGUUCCGUUGGUGGAAGCAGCGGUGCGUCGACAUCUUCCUCUGCAGCUACCAAAAGAGACGGUGCGGAAAGGAAUAAGGUUAAAUUUUCCGACACCGUUACGGUAGCCGUUGUACCGGAAAUACCACGCAAGGAGAAGCUGCUCGUCGAAAAGCUGCGUAAGCAACCGAUGCAACCGAUGGGACCGGUAGGAUAUGGACCGUUUUCCAUUGCCGAUCCAAAGCGCGAGCUGGCAGAAAGUUUGCCCCUGUGCCAUCCGAACGAGGACUAUUUGAAGGAUUUUACUCCGAUGCAAGAUCUUAUCAGCAACGGCAAUGGUGAGAUGGAGAAAAAAGAGGAAGAGAAGAAAAUUCCAAACAUCAAGGUGGUUCACUUUGGUGUAGUUUGAGACAUCCGUAUCCAGGGGCUCGCCAUACGGGCAGGAAGUGGCGCUAAUGUGUCGCUCCAACAAAACAGUAUUCUCUGUUUGGGUUUUAUAUGUGUAUUUUAUCAAUGUAAAGUUGAUUGUUAUCCGUCCACAGCAUGUGUGUUAAUCAUUCCCAGUUACAGUGCAAGGUUGUAUUAUUAUUAUGUUUUCAGUUGUAUAUUUAUUGUACUUACGGCUACGAUAGAAACAGCAGGCAGAAGCAAAACAUGUUUAUAUAUAUGAUAGAUGCAAUAAUAAAUACCUCUUAUUGGGUACGAUAAAUAUGAUAAAAUUAAAA